GAUAUCGGGUCCGAGUUCCAAAACAUGUUGGAUGCGAACAUCUUUAAGAUCCGAUAAAAAAAAAAAAAAAAGUCUUGUUCGAGAGAUCUGAAGGAAGAAGAAGAAGGGGGUAAGCAGAUAACAUGUCUGCGAUUGUUUGCGGGAAGAGAUCUCUGUUCGAGGACUUAGCCGCCGCUUCUCCUCCCGUCUCCAAGAAACUCCGUUGCUUUUCUUCGUCUUCUCCGGCUCGUUUUUCUCAUCCGAUUCCGCCUUCGUCUUCGCUUCUUCUCGAUCACCUCGCCGCGAUUUUCCCCGAUAUGGAUAAGAAGAUUCUUGAGAGGGCAAUCGAGGAAUGUGGUGAUGAUCUUGAUUCAGCCAUUAGAUGUUUGAAUCAGCUUCGUUUAGAAUCUGCCAAUAAGAAUUUAGAUUCUGCUACAAACCAAUCUCCUGUUGUAAUCCAGGAAGCAAAUGUUGAACAUCAGCAGCAAGGAUCAGCCAAGGAGGAAGUCUUAUCCAAUGGGGAAGCAAAUGUCUUGAACUUGGAUGGUACAGAGUGGGUUGAGCUCUUUGUUAGGGAAAUGAUGAAUGCUUCUGACAUGAAAGACGCCAAAGCCCGUGCUGCAAGAGCAUUGGAAGCUUUGGAGAAGUCAAUCAAUGCACGUACCGGUACUGAAGCAAUGCAAAAUCUCCAACAGGAAAACAUGAUGCUGAAGCAGCAAUUAGAAGCCAUUGUACAGGAAAACAGUUUACUAAAACGAGCGGUAGUGACGCAGCAGAAGCGGCAGAGAGAAUCGGAAGACCAAAGUCAGGAAUUGCAGCAUUUGAGGCAGCUAGUCACUCAAUACCAGGAACAGUUGAGAACUUUAGAGGUGAACAACUAUGCUCUGACGCUUCAUCUGAAACAAGCUCAGCAAAACAGUUCCAUCCCGGGGCGGUACCACCCAGACACGACGAGAAGUGUUCAAGUAAAUAAUGUCUCAGAUCUAGCCACGGAGAGGGAGAUUCACGAGUUUUUCUCCUUCUCAGGCGACAUAGAACACAUUGAAAUCCAAAAGUGCAGAGAUGUUGGCCAGUCUCGAAUCGCAUUUGUUACAUUUACUGAUCCCAAAGCCCUUGAAAUUGCCUUGUUAUUAUCGGGUGCGACGAUUGUGGACCAGAUUGUUACAAUAACUCGAGCUGAAAACUAUGUUCAGAGGCGUGAGAUGCAGGAAGUAAGAAUGGUGGACAACGUGAUGCCCCUUGGUCUUCCAGAGAGUACUACACAGACCAAAACUACUGCGGAUGGCAAUAGUAGAGCAUAUGUUAGCAAAGCACAAGAUGUGGUGGCAACUGUUUUGGCAAAAGGUUCUGCUCUUGGACAAGAUGCAGUAAAUAAAGCCAAGGCUUUCGACGAAAAGCAUCAAUUAAGAGCCAAUGCUUCUGCCAAAGUUUCAUCUUUUGACAAGCGAGUUGGGCUUACUGAGAAGUUAACUGUUGGUAUUUCUGCCGUUAACGAGAAAGUGAAAUCUGUUGAUCAAAAGCUUCAGGUCUCCGAUAAAACCAUGGCAGCAAUAUUUGCAGCCGAGAAGAAAUUAAACGACACUGGUUCAGCUGUCAAAUCCAGCAGGUACGUGACUGCUGGAGCUGCUUGGUUUAGUGGCGCUUUUAGUAAAGUGGCGAGAGUAGGUCAGGUUGCUGGCUCAAAAACCAAAGAGAAGUUCAAUCUAGCCGUCUCAAAUAUGAGUUCCAAGGAUACACCGAUUGCUGUAUAAUAAAGAGCUUGGAAUCUAGUAAGCGUUGAAGUCAGGAUCAACAAAAGUUGCUAUGUUGGCCUUGUGUAAACAAAAUUUUUGUGAUAUAGCGUAUUCUCAUUCUUUUAGUGUUCUUUCAUAUUCUGCGUGUGCUACAUUGUCCUCAAAUUUACUUGAUGAAUCUCAUAAGUACAAGUGUUUCCUUUUUGGAUUUCCCAGUUUCCUACUUAAGGCCUGGCCUUUUAUUGUAUC